AUGUCUAACCCACAAUCCGCUGGUUCUCGUUCGAAAACUAAACGAAGACAUUUAGAUGUAGAUGCUGUUUCAUCAGAUGAUGAAACUAUUGUACAAAAUCCUGAUUCAUGGCCACGAUUUCUGGUUGUGGAAGGAUUAGAUGGCAACCCACUCAAGGUUAACCCUUUCAUCAUUUCCAAGGCAAUAGAGGGAAUUUGUGGUAACGUCAAAAACGUCACUCGUCUUCGUAGUGGUUCCUUAUUGGUGGAAUGUGCUAGGAGACAACAAUCUAUUAAUCUGCUCAAUGCACAUCACUUUGCAAAUACAGAGAUUGUUGUCUCUGAGCACAAAUCACUGAAUUCGUGCAAGGGUAUUGUCAGAGAUCGUUCUAAGUGUCUGUCAGACAUGUCCGAGGAGGACAUUGUGGCUGAGCUAAAACCCCAAGGUGUUAUCGCAGUUAAACGAUUCACCAGAAAAGAACAUGACAACAUCAUUAAAACACAUACUUAUCUUUUCACAUUUGCUCUUUCUUCACUUCCAAAAUCUCUCAAAGCCGGCUAUUUCAACCUGGGAGUGGAUAUUUUUGUACCAAGUCCACUCCGUUGCUUCAAAUGUCAGCAAUUUGGUCAUGGUGCCAGAUUCUGUAGAAACUCUCCAGUGUGUUCCCGUUGCAGUGAGAAACAUGACAGCACUGACUGCACAAAUGUUAUUAAGUGUGCAAACUGCAAUGGUGAACACAUGUCAUCUUCCAAAUUAUGCCCGAAGUUUGAAAGAGAAAGUAAAAUUAAUACAAUCAAAUACACAAAUAACAUCUCUUUUUCUGAUGCUAAGAAAUUGGUUGCGGAACUGUCCCAUCCAAAUCCUUCCUCGAAAUCGUAUUCUGCCACAGUGUCCUCUUCUAUCAGCAAAGUAGCUGCUGGCUGUCAGACAGCGAUAUCCUGGAUCUCAGACAAACAAACCCUUUUGUUUCCAAUUUGUGAAGAAUCUGCUUCUUCUGAAACACAGACCGAGAUUCAUUUGAACCCUCUGCCUGAGACACAAACAGAUUCUCUGACUGAGACACAAAAAGCCCCACUACCUGAAACACAACCUAUGCCACGACAGAAGGCCAAUCUGUCAAAAAGUGAAAAAAAGUCAAGAAAGAAAGAAUUAAGGGCACUGAAACAUGUUGCGGUACCAGUGCCUUUGACAACCCCUGUAGAGGUUCAUAAUCCGUAUGAACCUCUGCAGAUGGAUGUCACUCCGCAGCUCAUCGGGCGGAGUGAUAAUUCUCCCAGAUCGCCGAUUGAACCACCAUGA